GCGGGGGCCGGUCUCCUACUCGCCUGUCGCGCCUCCAUGUCGGAUAACCAGAGCUGGAACUCGUCGGGCUCGGAGGAGGAUCCAGAGACGGAGUCCGGGCCGCCUGUGGAGCACUGCGGGGUCCUCAGCAAGUGGACAAACUAUAUUCAUGGGUGGCAGGAUCGUUGGGUAGUUUUGAAAAAUAAUACUUUGAGUUACUACAAAUCUGAAGAUGAGACAGAAUACGGUUGCAGGGGAUCCAUCUGUCUUAGCAAGGCUGUGAUCACACCUCAUGAUUUUGAUGAAUGUCGGUUUGAUAUCAGUGUUAAUGAUAGUGUUUGGUAUCUUCGUGCUCAGGACCCAGAUCACAGGCAACAGUGGAUAGAUGCCAUUGAACAGCACAAGACUGAAUCAGGAUAUGGAUCUGAGUCCAGCUUACGUAGACAUGGCUCAAUGGUGUCACUGGUGUCUGGAGCAAGUGGCUAUUCUGCUACAUCCACAUCUUCAUUCAAGAAAGGACACAGUUUACGUGAGAAAUUGGCUGAAAUGGAAACUUUUAGAGACAUCUUAUGUAGACAAGUUGAUACUCUCCAAAAGUAUUUUGAUGUCUGUGCUGAUGCUGUAUCCAAGGAUGAACUUCAAAGGGAUAAAGUGGUAGAAGAUGAUGAAGAUGACUUCCCUACAACUCGUUCUGAUGGAGACUGCUUGCACAAUACCAACGGUAAUAAGGAAAAAUUAUUUCCACAUGUAACCCCCAAAGGAAUUAAUGGUAUAGACUUUAAAGGGGAAGCGAUAACUUUUAAAGCAACUACUGCUGGAAUCCUUGCUACACUUUCUCAUUGUAUUGAAUUAAUGGUAAAACGGGAAGAGAGCUGGCAAAAAAGACAUGAUAAGGAAAUGGAGAAGAGAAGACGAUUGGAGGAAGCAUACAAAAAUGCAAUGGCAGAACUUAAGAAGAAACCCCGUUUUGGAGGGCCUGAUUAUGAAGAAGGCCCAAAUAGUCUGAUUAAUGAAGAGGAGUUCUUUGAUGCUGUUGAAGCUGCUCUUGACAGACAAGAUAAAAUAGAGGAACAGUCACAGAGCGAGAAGGCCAGGUUACACUGGCCUACACCUUUACCAUCUGGAGAUGCCUUUUCUUCUGUUGGAACCCAUAGAUUUGUACAAAAGGUUGAAGAGAUGGUACAGAACCACAUGACUUAUUCAUUGCAGGAUGUAGGUGGUGAUGCGAAUUGGCAACUGGUUGUAGAAGAAGGAGAGAUGAAGGUAUACAGAAGAGAAGUCGAAGAAAAUGGGAUUGUUCUGGAUCCUUUGAAAGCUACCCAUGCAGUUAAAGGUGUUACAGGACACGUGGUCUGCAAUUACUUUUGGAGUGUUGAUGUUCACAAUGACUGGGAAACUACUAUAGAAAACUUCCAUGUGGUGGAAACAUUAGCUGAUAAUGCAAUCAUCAUUUAUCAAACGCACAAGAGAGUAUGGCCUGCUUCUCAAAGAGAUGUGCUGUAUCUUUCUGCUAUUCGAAAGAUCCCAGCCUUGACUGAGAAUGACCCUGAGACUUGGAUAGUUUGUAAUUUUUCUGUGGAUCAUGACAGCGCUCCUCUGAACAAUCGAUGUGUCCGUGCCAAAAUCAAUGUUGCUAUGAUUUGUCAAACCUUAGUAAGCCCACCAGAGGGAAACUAGGAGAUAAGCAGAGACAACAUUCUGUGCAAGAUUACAUAUGUAGCUAAUGUGACUGAAGCAAGGCUGUGUGACAUUCCAUGUUGGAGAAAGAAAGAAGAAAAAUUGAGUUCUCUAAGCUGGAACGCAGGAUCUACAGCCUUGUCUAUGGCCCAAGAAGAAACAUUGCAAUAGUAAAGCUGGGUAUCCAACACUAGCCAUCUCCUGAUAGAUCUCCUUGCUCAGCGUGUAAUUAUAAAUACAUGUAAAAUCACA